AUGUCAGCGUCCUCGGGAAAUGGCACCGCUGUUAGCGUAGAAGCUGCUCGGCGUCGACUUGCCCUCGCUCAAGCUGCCCGCGCAAAUGCGACUCGCGAAGAGAUCGAGGCCAGAGGCAUCAGGCCCAAUGUACAACAAAUCGUCCAUCAUAUGAACAGAACGCCCUCUCAUUCGUUUAAGCGGGUCAGACUCAAUCACUCGGCACGCAAAAUUUAUGAGGAUGAAGAUGGGGAGGAGGGCGAGGAUACGGAGAAUGACUGUAACACCGGGGGGACGGAAGAGGACGACGAGAAAGAAUUUGAGCAAAGAUGGCAGGCUUUGCUCGCCGAAAGUGGUCUACAAAAAGCCGACAUGUUUGUCCUCGCCGAGUUUCGCCAGAUCGCCCGACAGCGCAUCCACAUGAUGAAGCAGGCCACUACCAAGUGGCAUGCACUGAGUCGACCUCCAAAGAAGGACCGUUUCGACCUGCUCGCCUCUCUGUGUAGCUGCACCGAACUCAUCGUCGAGGUGUGCAAGCACAUGCGGCCAUUAGACAUCGUCCACCUUUACAGCGUCAGCAAAAACUUCCACUACACCAUCAACGAACACAUGCGCAGCAGCAUCUUCGCGUGGGCGAGCCACAUGGCGCCCACCGCCGCGCGCAUCUACUCCAGCCCCGUCUAUUGCCGCUGGUUUAUUCCAGAUCCUUGCCGUCGUCGCGUGACAGCUAACGAUCAGGAGAUGAGCAAAACCCAGCCGGGGCAGGCGAAGGUCGAGGGCCAACUACCCCUAAACGGCAACGAGGGCGAGAUACGGUUGAUUCCUGGCCUGCUCUGGUUACAGAUGACUGUAAACCGUGAAAUCCGAGUCCGGGACAUUAUCGCCUGUCUAGCGCGGAGGGGCCAUCGCCUACCCGAGGGCUCCCAUCAGACCCUCAAGAAGAUUUGGCUCAUCAUGGACGCUGCGACAACCCAGGCACGCAUGAUGCUGCUAAACAACCCGGACUUCUUCAGCAACGAGGAUCUCUACAUCGCCCAACUCUUUAUGGUCAAGCUGAUUCUCGCCUUUAACGACCCCGUUUUCGGCCCACAGUCGAGUAUGCUCAUGCGUCUGAUGCUGGGACAACGCGGCCUGUCACCCCUCUGGGCUCUUCUACGCGGCCUAAAAUACCGUACGGCAGCAGAGAUCCGUCAGCUCAAGCUCCGCUACGACGUAGGCCCCGAUCAGCUUCAGGACGAAAAUCUUCCGGCGGUGUAUGGUGUAGAUAUCGACCGGCUAGGUGUCAUCCACUUUGAAGGAUGGGGCACCGGGCCGGACCACUUGAUGCGCCCCGAUGAGUUGAUACCACUCGAGUCUGCCCGCCGCCAACUCGAUCUCGAUGUCUGCGUGGAAGAGAUGAUGAUCUAUGGGCAUGUCGAUUUCAACACGGGCAACAGCCUGGUGCCGAGUCUCGAGGAGAUGUACAUGAGCGACGAUGACCUGCCGCCAGCGUGUAAGGGGUGGACGCCGCUGAAACACGAGCUCAUCCAUUCCGGCUGUGGCAACGAUGGGGAUCGAGAUGUGGCUGAUCGGUGGGGGGAGGUGGGGCGUAGGAGGGGCCAGAAAGAGGGUGGGAAGAGGCUCCGGCUGCAGGGGGAGGAUAGUGAUACCUCGAUGAUGAUGGUGGGGGGUGGUGAUGCGGUGGGGGAUGGGGAGGGCGCUGAGGAGGAGGAAGAGGAGGGGGAGGAGGAGGAGGACGGGCAGUUUGAUCUGGACUGGGAUGAAUUUUUGAGGAACCCAAGUGCUUUUGUUAUGGAAGCGGGGCAGGUGGUGGCUCGGGAGGAGGGGGGUGGGGAUGAGACGGAAGAGGAUGUGGGGGAUGGGGAUAUGGAGAUGGCGGAUGAGUAUGAUGACGAAGACCAGGAUGAGGAAGAGGAGGAGGACGAUAUCACCUUUCUAAUGGGCGGUCUGCAGGUUGGUCAGGCUCCGGAUGGUUACCAGCAGGUCACUCAACAGAUGGCCGAGGUGCAGGGCACCAACGGGCUUGACCUCGCCCAGUACGUGGUGGAUGAAGAUGUCGGCGAGGAUGCUCGCACGAAGAAGUUGAGGGAUUGGUUCCGGCCGUGGUAG